GUUCUUCACCCUUUCCGAAGUGAUCAGUUGCUGAACCACAAUGGCGUCAAUCGGUGAUUCGACUCCUUCUACCACCGUGGAUGUGGACCAAUUCACUCAGUCAAUCAAGAGUAUUGACCGUACAUCCUUUGCGUAUGAUGGCGACCGAGUUAAAGCGCUGAGAGAGGCGUACGCUCUGAUCAGUCGUUUGGAGACUUCGUGGGAUACCGUGGCGCGGCUUUGCAUUACAGAGCCUGCCCUGACCGCAGCCCUGAAAGUGAGCCAGGACCUACAGCUCUUCGAGAAAUGGCUCCAUGUAGGAGAACAGGCGGAGCAGUCGACCGCACAGCUUGCUGAACUGACCAACUCAGACCCCGUCCUACUCGGUCGCAUCCUCCGCCAUCUGGCAUCCACCAACAUCAUCAUCGAGGUCUCCGCCGACCAAUACAAGCAAUCCGCAUUCAGCAGGUCCCUCCUCGAGCCCGUCUUCGGAGCCUGGAUUCCAUUCUUACACGACACAGUGAACCCCUGCUUCGCCAAAAUGCCCGAAUACCUCGCCAAGACCGACUACCAGAACCCCACCGACCCCAACGACGGCAUCUUCCAGUACACCAAGAACUUCCCGGGCUCGCUCUUCGACUACUACGCCCAGCACCCGGCCGAGAGCGCCGUCUUCAACAACGUGAUGGGCAGCGUCAUGGCCAAGCAGGCGGGCAUGCUGGACAUCUUCCCCUACGACCGGCUGGCGGACGACCGGCCCGAUGACGACUCGGAGAUCCCGCUCCUGGUCGACGUGGGCGGCAACGUCGGCCACGACAUGAACAAGUUUCUGGGCAAGAAGCCCGGCCUCGCGGGGCGGCUGGUGCUGCAGGAUCGCCCGGAGGUCGUGCGCCAGGCCAUCUGUCCCGCCGAGGUGCGCGCCAUGGCGCAUGAUUUCUUCACGCCGCAGCCGGUUAAGGGCGCGCGGGCCUACUACCUGCACGGGGUCCUGCACGACUGGUCGGAUGCGCUGGCCCGGCAGAUCCUGGAGCACCUGCGCGAUGCGAUGACCCCCGGGUACAGCACCCUGUUGAUCCACGACCAUGUGAUCCCGGCGGUCGGGGCGCACCCGCAGGCCACGGGCUACGAUCACACGAUGAUGGUGCUUGUGUCGGCGUUCGAGCGCACCGAGGGCAUGUGGCAGGACCUGUUGGCCUCGGUGGGGCUGCGCGUGGUGAAGAUCUGGAGCUCGCCGCUGGCGACGCAGAGUGUCAUUGAGGCGAAGUUGAGUGGGGAUAGUUAGGGGUAUCUGUAUAGGCGGUUGGACAGCUUGAAGCAACAGUUUCAUUUGUGCCAGAAGAAUGAACAGCCAAGUUGGCUGGUUACAGGGCUUGCACGGGCUAUGAUAUAUGUAAGAGCCCAAUAGUCUAUUAUGCUUGUCUGAACAAGAUGGUCCCGGACGAGACAUAUAUUCAGC